AUGAAUCAUGGUGAUCAUAAUAGCUCGAAUAUUGACUCUACAUUUAAUGUGAGCUCAGUCAACUGGUCUACGCAUUCAAAUUCAACAUCGCAUUUGAGAAUACAAAUCAAUGACUAUGACACGUACCAAGCAUACCCCACGAAGUUGGAUCAAUUAUACACACAGGUGUCGCAAGUUCCAAUCAUACGCAUUUAUGGGUCUAUAUCUUUUGAAGACAACGUUCUCUCGCAAACUCUGUCUCCGAUGAAAAAGAAGCAGCGACUUGUAGACAUGCAUCAGCAAACGAGUCCUCAAUCGUCUGUACACAACGCUUUAAUUCACGUUCACAACUUUUACCCUUAUUUUUAUGUGGACUGCCAUGAGCAAGAUUACAAAAAGCUACAAAGCAGUGAGUAUUUGGACAAAUUGAUCAAUUACUUGGAAGUGGUGGUCAAGGAGUCUUUUAAACGUAGACGGGGAAGAAAAGGCACUGAAGAGCAGGAAUUGGAGAAUCCCACGGAAAUGGAAGAAAGUGAAGGAGAAGAACUACGUGGAAAUGGUGAGGAUAAUCACCAACACCCAAAGUUGCGCAAAUACAUUGCUAAUGUUUCUGUAUGCAAAGCUGUCCCCAUAUAUGGAUUUCAGCUUGGCUAUAAAUUGUUUUACAAAAUAUCCCUUCUUUCGCCUUUGUACAAGAACCGGUUGGCAAGGAUGUUUCAGGAAAACAAAAUCAAUUUGGACAACUUUGAUCAAAUAGGUGAGGUGAAGAAGAGUAAAGAGCCAGCUUAUGUUUAUGAGGCACAUCUUCCGUUCUUGUUGCAAUUCUUAACUGAUUUUAACUUGUAUGGAUGUGGCUGGUUGGUUGUUGAUCGUGACAAGGUCAACAGCUGCAACACAAAGGGUUUGUAUUUUCGCACCCCCGUAUUAAAUGAACAACGACCCCAAGUUUACACCCACUCCCAGAUGCAAGCAUUGUCGAGUUAUUUACAAAAGUAUAUUUUGUCUGAUAAUGUACUUGUCGACGGUGGUACUUUGCAAACAUUUAAACGAAUUGGUAAGUCGAUGUUGGAGCUAGAUAUUACAACUGCUAGUAUCGUCAAUCGCACUUGGCUAUCCGCAAGAGAGUUGCACAAUAGCUUUGUUGAGCGGAAGCAGUUUGAUGAAUACAAGUCUGACUUGGAAUUAGGUGGGCAACCUAAGCAUGGGUACAAGUAUGAACUUGAUGGAACUCCCAAAAUCUAUCUUUCUUCAUUGAAAUACAUUUACAAUGACUUGAAAUAUCAAUGCCACUUGAGGAAGUCCACUUUUGAUGUUUCUGUGGACGUGUUGGAGUCCGCUGAGCGCUGCUAUUUUGGUACCGGGUCUACCCUGUGGUCCAAUCAACAACAAUUGGAUGAACUUUUGCAAUACAUGAAGCAGUUGAAUGGUGUUUCGAGUCAAGGAUUUGAUGGAUAUGCUGCCAAGUAUAUUGACAAGGGGUCUGUACUCAGUGUGUCCGAACGUGAGAUCUUUAGGAACUUCCCCACGUCAUUUGGUCUAGUUGAUGUUGAAAAGAGCUUGCAGUUUCACAAUCAGCGAAUGCAAUUUGGUAGAGACAUACUCAUAUGGGGACAAAUCAAAGACUUGUUGAAAAGAGCAAGUGUGUCAUCUACGGGGAUUAAACAGGUCAAGUCAUCUUCCAAUGAAGAUACUGGUGAUAAGGGCCCAGAUAAAGAAGUACAAAACGAUAUGGAAGUGCUUGACACAGAUGAGGAGUAUUCAGACUCCGAUAGUAAUCCCCCAAAUGUUGACAAGAUUAAUGGAAAGGAAGAUACGCCUGGUAUAUUUGCAAAUGAAACGGACACGCCCUCCACAACGAAACCAGUAAAGAGUAACGGCAAUGGAGCUCAUCAAAAGUCACCUGACUCAAUGGACGUUGACGAAGUUGAAGCUUAUGAUUCAGCUGAGGAGUUUGAUGUAUCAAUCAUGAGAUCAAUGACACAAAAUCGGUCAAAAGCUGAUCCAAACUUGGCGUCAAAGCUACCCAGUCUUGAUGUAUUAUCGUCGAUUGAGGACUUUUCAUUUACGCCUACCCCGAGUCAACCGUCUGGGACUCCGCCAUUGACGAACAUGCAAGUAGGAGCAUGUGAAUUUGAAAUUGUCAUACCAGAUCAAUUAAAGAAAGACAGUUACAAAAAAGCCCUCCAAGACUCGGGUGUGGUUGAGAUAUAUUACCCUGAUCCGUUUUACAGCAAGGCUGAUGAUCUACCUGCAAAGCCUUUUGUGUUUGCCAAUCAAAAAAUGAAUGUUGCUGUGAGAAAUGCCCUGACAGUGCCCACAUUGGAUGCAGUGAAUGUGGCCAAUUCAAUGGGUAAGAAAGAUCUUGUAGGAAAUAAAGUUCGCACAUGGGGGUAUACUAUCGAGCCUCCCAGCAAAGAAUCUGUUACUGAAUGGCUCAGGGUUGAAGAAAAAAAACAGAUGAAGAAACGGGUUAAAUACAAGUCUCAAAUCGAACCAGGUGUGACUCAAUCGCAUGAUUUCAAAUUUAGUUAUAAUUCAGAGAAAGUUUCACGCAAGCCAGACGAAUUCAAUUACUUGACAAGCUUCCAUUUGGAGAUACAUGCUAGUCCGCCAAACUCAAAAUUGGCAGUUGACCCGUUGCGGGAUCCUGUAUUGUUUAUAUUUUAUUCAUUUGAUGACGCUAAUGAAAUGUUUGUUACUUCUGAAUUCAAAACUGGGGUCCUCGUGUUCAACAACAGCAAAUACGAUGUUGAAUUCUUCUCUAGGUUGAGCAAAUCCCUGCGGCUAUAUAUUGAGUUAUUCGAUGACGAAAAACGAAUGGUGGAAAAGCUAGUUGAAUUUGUCGAAAUUUUUGAUCCGGAUAUAUUGUCAGGCUAUGAAGUCAAUUCGAUGUCAUGGGGCUACAUUACUGAACGAUUCCGCGAGGUUUUCCGCGUCAACGUCAUGAGCGACUUGAGUAGAGGAACGCAUCGAAGUAACGGUAAGCUUGGUGACCGAUGGGGGUACACUCACACCGCCAAUAUUGAAAUUAACGGGCGACACAUUUUAAACGUAUGGAGAAUUUUGAAAUCAGAGUUGGCUUUGACCAGCUACACAUUGGAGAAUGUGUGUUAUCAUUUGCUACAUCGAUCACUACCAAGGUACCUGCUUCACCAACUUUCACAAUGGCUAAAGAGUGAUAACUUCAAGGAUAUGCAGGUGGUACUCUCGUACUACAUGAAAAGGAUAGAAUUGACAUUAAAGAUUAUUUCGGUUCAAGAGUUGAUAACGAGAAACGUUGAGCAUUCGAGGUUGAUUGGAAUUGAAUUCAACUCCAAUUUCUAUCGUGGUUCCCAAUACAAGGUAGAGUCAAUAUUGUCAAGAAUAUCCAAGACAGAGAAUGUUUUGCUAAACUCGCCCUCCAAAAUCCAAGUGCAUGAAAUGAGACCAAUUGAAUGUAUCCCGUUGAUAUUGGAACCCAAGGCCAGCUUUUAUAAGUCACCAUUGGUGGUGCUAGAUUUUCAAUCUUUGUAUCCAUCGAUAAUGAUUGCUUACAAUUACUGCUAUUCAACAUUAAUUGGCAAGCUACACAAUUUCAAGCCAAAGAAGAACAACAUUGGUUAUUUAAAAAAUCUCAACCUUCCUCCGGGCAUAGUUGACUUGUUUACCAAAGACGAUGCUGUCAAUAUCUCUCCAAACGGAUUUGCAUUUGUUAAAAGUCAUAUACGGAAGUCGAUAUUGGCGAAAAUGUUGGAGGAAAUUUUGAAUAUUCGUAUCAAGACAAAGUCUGUUAUGAAAUUGUUCAAAGAUGAUGCAGAACUAACCAAGCUUUAUAAUGCACGACAGAUUGCAUUGAAAUUGAUUGCCAAUGUGACUUAUGGGUAUACUUCGGCGACAUUUAGCGGCAGAAUGCCAAACUCGGAUAUUGCCGAUGCGAUAGUGUCCACGGGAAGAGAGAUUUUAGACAAAUCAAUCGAAAUGAUUGAGGCUGGUGGAUAUGGAGCAAAGGUUGUUUACGGUGAUACUGACUCUUUGUUUGUAUAUUUCCCAGCAAAGUCAAAAGCAGAGGCAUUCAAACUGGGCCGAGAGAUUGCGACAAUGAUCACCAAACAUUUCCCAGAUCCCAUCCAAUUAAAGUUUGAGAAAGUGUACCAUCCAUGUGUUUUACUUGCAAAAAAGAGGUAUGUGGGGUAUUCCUUUGAAUAUGAGAAUCAAGUGGCUCCUAAGUUUGACGCCAAAGGUAUUGAAACUGUUCGUAGAGAUGGGAUGCCAGCUCAGCAAAAAAUAACUGAAAAAGCAUUGAGAAUAUUGUUUGAGACCAAGGAUUUGUCAAAAGUGAAACAGUAUACGUUAAAGCAGUUUUUGAAGAUAUUCAACAAUAAAAUUGCUAUCAAUGAUUUCUGUUUUGCAAAGGAGGUGAGGUAUGGUAACUACAAGGACGAAAGAUACCUACCACCUGGAGCACUCUUAGCAAGCAAGGCAGUUGAAGAUGAUCCGAGAAAAGAGCCACAAUACAAAGAGAGGGUGCCUUACGUUGUUGUACGUGACUCAACUAAAGUUAGAAUCAAAGAUCGAGUAAUGUUUCCUGAAGACUUUAUUAAGACAUUGAGUACGUCCGAGCCGUUGACGUUGGACUAUGAAUACUACAUAACGAGGGUAUUGAUCCCCCCAUUGGAGAGAAUUUUCAACUUGAUGGGGGCUGACGUGAGAGGGUGGUACAAGGAUUUACCCAAAUUCACCAGAUCCAACAUUAUUAGCGCGUUCAGUGAUUCUUGCUUGGUAUGUGACCGCAGAUUGGAUGGCAGGGAGUAUGUUUGUCUGAGAUGUUCACAAGAUGAGCAGCAAUUGGUGACGAAUGUGAUCAUGAGCUGUGCCGACAAGCAAAGAAAGAUUGUUGGGAUUGAAAAUACUUGUCGCAACUGUCUGCAAAAUGUGUUUGCUUCGGGUGUUUCUGCCUCUCAAUACACUCAUAAUUGUGUCAAUCGUGAUUGCUCUGUUUACUUCAACAAGGUCAAAGCUGAACAAGAGGCGACACAGUUGUUUCUUAGAAGAGAUAGGAUAAUGCAAACUUUAGAGUGGUGA